AUGGUCACCAGGCUAGAGGUCGCCCUGGACGCCCAGGAGCUGGCCGGAGACCAACGCGCUCUCCUCGAUCUUAUUGACAAGCUUCAGUUUGCCCAACUUGACAAUGUCAAGCUCCCGCAGAUCGUCGUCGUCGGCGACCAGAGCGCCGGCAAGAGCUCCGUCCUCGAGGCCAUCACCGGCACCCCUUUCCCACGAGAUGCCGGCGCCUGCACCAGAUUUGCAACCGAAAUCAGGCUGAGGAGGGCACCACAAGCCAGCAUCACAGUGUCUGUCAUUCCCGACAAGAACAGACCAUUUCCCGAGCAGGAGAGGUUGAGGCAGUUUGGCGGAAUGGUUAACACCAACAUGCCGUUUGAGCAGCUCAUGCGGUCAGCUGUCGACAUGAUUGCGCCAAAGAACAUCCCCGGCCGUUUUGCUGCUCGAGAUAUCCUUGUGGUGGAGAAAAGGGGCCCUGAUAUGCCCCUUCUGACCCUCGUCGACUUGCCUGGCCUCGUUCGCAACGCCAACAACGACCAGUCGCUCGAAGAUAUCCGAACUAUCGAGGCCCUUUCCGAUCGCUACAUGAAGAGCUCUCGCACCAUCAUUCUGGCGGUCGUCGGCGGAAAUUCGGAUUACGUUCAAGCCCCUAUUCUCACCAAGGCACGGCAUUUCGAUCCCAAUGGGUCAAGAACCAUUGGUGUGUUGACCAAGCCCGACCUUACCGAGUCGAUUGGCCUUGAAGACAAGUUCAUCGACCUCGUCAUGAACAAGGACAAGAGAAACGAUUUCCGCUUGGGCUGGUAUGUUCUCCUGAACCCCGGACCCCGAGAGGCCGGCCAGCCAUGGCCCACCCCGGAGGAGAGACGUCGGGUAGAGGAUUCCUUCUUUAACAGCGGAAAAUGGGCCCAAGUCCCACGUAACAUCUGUGGCACAAGGGCAUUGAUGCAGAAGCUCAGCGUCCAGCUCCAGCUUCACAUCGGAAAGCACGUCCAUAUCUUGCGCAAGCAGAUCCAAAAGGCACUUGACGACACCAACGCCGAACUCGAAUCCCUAGGCAUCGGCAAGGACACCCCGGAGGAGAUGCGGAUUGAGCUCGUUGAACUCUUCUCGGCAUCCAAGGAACUUGUCAUUCCAGCUGUAUACGGCUUCUACAAGAACCCUCCGAAGAAGACCUUCUUCAGAGUUACCGCCGACCCGAGAGGCACGCCAGCGCAGAACCUCCGCGCCCGUGCUAGCGAAGAAAAUGACCGCUUUUCGCAAAGAAUCAGGGCCCAGGGGCGCAAGCUCAACUUCGCCAUGCCCCCCGCAUCAGGAGACCUCGACGAUCCUGCUCCGAUUAACCAUGCUAAGCGAGAGUUUGUGACUAGCGAGGUUGAAAUGUUGCUCCGACAGAUCCGCGGUACUGAAUUCCCAAUGGACGCCAAACCCCGAGCUGUUUACAUGCUCUUCCAGAGUUACUCGGAGAACUGGCCCAAGCUGGCCCAAGAGCACAAGGACAACCUCGGCGUUGUUUGCAACGAGUUUCUCGGCGAGCUUAUCGACUAUGCUUGGCCGAAGCGCAUGCGCGAGCCGCUUCGGCGUCAUUUCCUCGACCCCCAAAUGAAGGCUCUGAUGGCCAAAGCUCAGCGCGAACUGGAUCUCCUCAUGCAAGACCAGAACCUCGAGGUCCAACCCUACGACCCUGAAUACGAGGAGCGCUUGCGAGCCUGGCACAUCGCCAGCUCACAAAAUGGUGCCCGGUACACGGAAGCCGAAGAAGUGCUGGAGAAGAUGCUCAUCUACUAUGAGCUCGCUGCCAAGACCUUCAUCCGCAAUACCAUUGUCCAGGUUGUCGAGAGACAUCUGCUCCAGGGCAUGUACGGCAUCUUCAACUCGGUCGAAGUCUUGGGCUUGAGCAACGAGAUUGUCGAGGCUAUCGCUGCCGAGAACAAGGAGACAAGGGAUCGGAGACAGACAUUGAAGGUCCAGAAGAAGGCCAUCGAAGAGGCCAAGGAUAUCUGUGCCAGUCUUGCCAUGCGCAAGGAGCUCAGGGCAUACGCCGAGGAUGCACCCGAAGAUGGCGAGUCGACGUCCGAUGAUGAGGCUCCCAAGCCAGUACGUCGAAGCACCAGCAAACGGUCAAGACGCUCGCGACAGCCCUCCAGUGGGGAGUUCACGCCACAGCCGCAACCAAGCAGAGGGUACGAUGACAACACUAGAUACUCUCAGCCCCCCUCCCAGGCUCCUCCACCACCAUCCACUCAUGCCCCGAGCACCACUUACGGGCCCAUCAGACCGGAAGUGACUGUGGAGACUGAUCAUGUUCCAGACACUGGAUACACGACACGGCCACCUCAGGCAGCGCCUCCUCCGCCGCCCCGGCCGGGAAAAGUGAGGGAUGAAGAGGGUCGCGCGUAUUCUCCGACCUCGACUACUCGCACCCCGCGGGGCGCUCCCGAGCAGUACUACACUAACGGCGGAGGUUAUUCCCCGAACCAUCCCUUCGGUAACGAUGCUGUGGAGUUUGAGGCCUCGAGAAGGAGAAAGCCUGUAAGGAGUUAA